UAGUGUACAUGUUCGGUGGCGGAGAGAGUCAUAUACCAGAGAGGAUCUGACACAACGAGGAGGCGCAGUCAAUGAGGGGGAAAGUAGAAAAGUGAACCGGUGUGCGCGCAAAAACUCCCUCUAAACGCGAGGGUAGCGAGGAGGGACGAAGAGAAAAAUAAGAAAUUAAUCCCUCCCUGCUCUGACAAGGAAGAUAGACUGCCCAUUGCAUUGCAAAGAUGGGGAACCAGGGGAUGGAGGAUUUGAUUCCUCUGGUGAACCGCAUGCAGGAUGCCUUCUCCGCCAUCGGUCAGAACGCGAACCUGGACCUGCCCCAGAUCGCCGUGGUGGGCGGCCAGAGUGCGGGGAAGAGCUCGGUGCUGGAGAACUUCGUCGGGAAGGAUUUUCUUCCCCGUGGUUCUGGCAUUGUGACUCGUCGUCCUUUGGUUCUGCAGCUGAUGACCGCCAGCACAGAAUAUGCUGAGUUCCUCCACUGUAAGGGCAAAAAGUUCACCGAUUUUGAUGAGGUCCGGCAGGAGAUCGAGGGAGAGACUGAGCGCAUCACCGGGGCCAACAAGGGCAUCUCCCCUGUGCCCAUCAACCUGCGUGUCUACUCCCCUCAUGUGCUGAACCUGACCCUGGUGGACCUGCCGGGGAUGACCAAAGUCCCGGUGGGCGACCAACCUGCAGACAUUGAGGCCCAGAUUAAAGAAAUGCUGAUGCAGUUUGUCACCAAGGAGAACUGCCUGAUGCUGGCCGUCUCCCCGGCAAACUCUGAUCUGGCCAACUCUGACGCUUUAAAGAUUGCCAAAGAGGUCGACCCUCAGGGUAUGAGGACCAUUGGUGUGAUCACCAAGCUGGACCUGAUGGACGAGGGGACAGAUGCUAAGGACAUCUUGGAGAAUAAACUGCUCCCACUCAGGAGGGGUUACAUUGGUGUGGUGAACAGGAGCCAGAAGGACAUAGAUGGCAGGAAGGACAUUAAUGCUGCUAUGGGUGCUGAGAGGAAGUUCUUUCUCUCUCACCCUUCAUAUAGACACCUGGCCGACCGAAUGGGCACUGCCUACCUCCAGAAAAUCCUCAAUCAGCAACUGACCAACCACAUCCGGGACACCCUGCCGGCUCUGCGGACCAAGCUGCAGAGUCAGCUUCUCUCCAUAGAGAAAGAGGUGGAGGAGUACAAGAACUUCAGACCUGACGAUCCGUCUCGCAAGACCAAGGCUCUGCUCCAGAUGGUGCAGCAGUUCUCUGUGGACUUUGAGAAACGCAUAGAGGGCUCCGGGGACCAGAUCGACACAGCUGAGCUGUCAGGUGGUGCGAGGAUCAAUCGCAUCUUUCAUGAACGCUUCCCCUUCGAACUGGUCAAGAUGGAGUUUGAUGAGAAAGAGCUCCGCAAGGAGAUCAGCUACGCCAUCAAGAACAUUCAUGGAAUCAGAACUGGCCUCUUCACCCCGGACAUGGCCUUUGAGACCAUUGUGAAAAGGCAGAUUGGGAAGAUUAAAGAGCCUUGCACCAAAUGUGUGGACAUGGUCAUUUCUGAACUAGUCAAUACAGUUAGGCAGUGUACCAAGAAGCUGGCUCAGUAUCCCAUGUUGAGAGAGGAGAUGGAGAGAAUCGUCACCCAGCACAUCAGGGACAGAGAAAACCGCACUAAGAACCAGGUGUUGCUGUUGAUAGACAUUGAGUUGUCCUACAUGAACACCAACCAUGAGGACUUCAUCGGAUUUGCUAAUGCUCAGCAGAGGAUCAACCAAAUCAACAAGAAGAAGGCAGCUGGUAACCAGGAUGAGAUCAUGCCGGAAAGAGGAGUUAGCGAUCGGUUCAAGGUGAUCAGGAAGGGUUGGCUGACCAUCAACAACAUCAGCAUCAUGAAGGGAGGAGCCAAGGAGUACUGGUUUGUCCUCACCGCCGAGUCCAUGUCCUGGUAUAAAGAUGAUGAGGAGAAGGAGAAGAAGUACAUGCUGCAGGUGGACAACCUGAAGCUGCGUGAUGUUGAGAAAGGCUUCAUGUCCAGCAAGCAAAUCUUUGCCCUCUUCAAUACCGAACAGAGGAACGUGUAUAAGGACUACCGUCAGCUGGAGCUGGCCUGUGAGACUCAGGAAGACAUUGAUGCUUGGAAGGCCUCUUUCCUCAGAGCUGGAGUUUAUCCUGAAAGGGUCAUGGAGAAGGAAGGAAAGAGUGAGGGCAGUGAUGAAAACGGCUCUGACAACAUAAUGCACAGCAUGGACCCUCAGCUGGAGCGACAGGUGGAGACCAUUCGUAACCUGGUUGACUCCUACAUGGCCAUCGUCAACAAGACUGUCCGCGACUUGAUGCCGAAGACCAUCAUGCACCUCAUGAUUAACAAUACUAAAGAGUUCAUCAACGCAGAGCUGCUUGCCCAGCUGUACUCAUGCGGCGACCAGAGCCUGCUGAUGGAGGAGUCGCAGGAGCAGGCCCAGCACCGUGACGAGAUGCUGCGGAUGUACCACGCCCUGCGGGAGGCCCUCAGCAUCAUCGGUGACAUCAGCACAUCCACCAUAAGCACCAGCACGCCGCCUCCCGUAGAUGACUCCUGGUUACAGGUGCAGCGCGGCGGCUCUGGAGGAAGGUCUCCAGCCACCAGUCCAACUCCCAACCGCAGGGCUCCACCGGGACCUCCCAACCGUCCAGGCUCUCGUGGGCCUCCACCUGGGCCUCCGCCUGCUGGGGGACCCCCUGUCCCAUCUCGCCCGGGAGCCUCUCCGGACCCUUACAGUGGGCCGCCACCCACUGUGCCCUCUCGACCUAACCGUGCACCCCCAAAUGUGCCAAGAAUCACUAUCACUGACCAAUGAGGACUAACGUUUCUGUCGGAGACCCCCACCUUCUCCAACCCACUAGACCUCUGAGCUCCUCCCUCCCUCCGUCUGUCCAACCUCUGGAUAUGAGGCCAUGGACAACAGUGCCACCUUCCUGUCGUUUUCUGCCAUACCCGACCUGAGCCGGCUCCCUUCUCCUGCUCCUACUUUCCCCUUCCAAGCUAUACACACACACACACACACACACACACACACACACACACACACACACACACACACACACACACACACAAUUGUUUCACACAAAGACGCAGAAUACUUGAACCACACCUGCAUGAUUGACAUACGAACAUGCUGCACCCUCAGAAUUUGAAUAAACUAUGUAAAGAAUAUAAAAUAAUUUAUACUUUUGAGUGUAUGUGCACAUGUGCAUGCACACUGCUUAUAUAAAUACACACACACAUAUAUAUAUAUACAUAUAUAUACACACGUAAAUACAUACAGAAUGCUAUUAAACCUAAGGUGGGAGACAUUUGCAAACUUUGCAUGACAUUUUGCCUGAGUAUUACAUUAUACUCCAGCCUUUAUGAUGUGUAUUCUGGCUGCUGACUGACUUAAUUUUUCUGUUAUUAACAUUUUAUGUAUUUUAUGUUUGUAUGUAUGUUUUUUUCCUGACUACUUCAGCAACAAAAAUGUCUGUCACUAACUCACCUUGUAUUGCCGGUCAUGCAAAAAAAAAGUUUUGGAUUAAAAGUCUUCAGAGCAGAGUAAAAAAAAGAUUGCUACAAAUUCUUAACUUCAGUUUUAUUGGUGAUAAUACAGGUUUUUUUUACGACAUAUUGCAGCUGGAAAACAGAAAGGUUUUUUUUUGUUAAAACUUCACUGAAGCACUGCUCUCUGUGAAGUCAUGUGUUGCCUAUUUUCCUCACACCAUUUCAGGCCACGAGGUGAAGAAGAUCCAUCCUCCCUUUUAGCUCCCCUCCUUUAAAACGCACCCUGGUUUCCACUUAUCAAAUAUGAAACAGAUUGCACCAUCACUUACUCAGCUCACUCAC